AUGCAUGCCAGAAACCCCCAUUCUCCUUUUCAAAGACAACAUAUGAUGGAUUGCGAUCUCUCGGCGCAGCAGGACACGGGGACCAUGCAAGCUGUAAUUGGUCAGGAUCCAAUGAUAGCUGGACAAGUCAGUAAGCCCUUGCUGUCAGUGCGAAGUGAAAUGAAUGCGGAGUUGAGAGGUGAGGACCAGGCUACUUCCGACAGCGAGCCACAGGAGCCCCUGCUCGCGCCUGUGGAAUCAAAUGACAGCGAGGACACUCCCAGCAAGCUCUUCGGGGCCAGAGGAAGCACAGCACAGUCAGACCCAGGAACCCCCGAGCAACACCAGGCCAGUCAGACACACCCGCCAUUCCCAGUCGGGCCACAGCCUCUUCUGACGGCCCAGCAGUUAGCCUCUGCUGUGGCCGGGGUGAUGCCGGGCGGACCCCCAGCCUUGAAUCAGCCCAUUCUCAUCCCCUUCAACAUGGCCGGACAGCUAGGUGGUCAGCAAGGCCUGGUCCUCACACUGCCCACAGCGAACCUCACCAACAUCCAAGGGCUGGUAGCAGCAGCUGCAGCUGGAGGCAUUAUGACCCUGCCAUUGCAAAAUCUACAAGCUACCUCAUCACUGAGCUCCCACCUGCAGCAGCUCCAGCAGCUCCAGCAGCUCCAGCAGCAGCAGCAGCAGCAGCCACCUCCUCCGCCACCAGCUGGCCAGCACCCACAGCCAGCCCCCCAGGCACCCCCGCAGCCACAGCCCACGCCACCCCACCAGCCAGCCCCUGCCUCCCAGCAGCUUCCAGCUCCUCCAAGCCAGCUGCAGCCGGUGCCACAGCCCCAACAGCCCCAGCCCCACUCCCACCCCCAGAACCAGAACCAGAACCAGAACCAGCCAUCUCCAACCCAGCAGAGCUCAAGCCCCCCUCAGAAGCCCAGCCAGUCUCCAGGACAUGGCCUUCCGUCACCGCUCACACCACCCAACCCUCUGCAGCUGGUUAAUAAUCCUCUAGCAAGUCAGGCCGCCGCGGCUGCAGCGGCCAUGGGCUCCAUAGCGAGCUCCCAGGCCUUUGGCAAUGCCCUCUCCAGCCUUCAGGGGGUCACAGGUCAACUAGUUACUAAUGCACAAGGACAGAUCAUCGGGACCAUUCCGCUGAUGCCUAACCCAGGGCCAUCGAGCCAAGCAGUGAGCGGCACUCAGGGCCUCCAAGUGCAGCCUAUCACCCCACAGCUCCUGACCAAUGCCCAGGGCCAGAUCAUUGCCACAGUCAUUGGGAACCAGAUCCUGCCUGUGAUCAACACCCAGGGCAUCACCCUGUCCCCCAUCAAGCCAGGCCAGCAGUUCCACCAACCCUCCCAGACAUCAGCGGGUCAAGCAGGCUCCCAAGGCAGCCUUCUGCACCUGGCUCAUGGUCAAGCAUCCAUGUCUCAAAGUCCUGUUCGGCAGACUUCCUCUUCCUCGUCCUCCUCCUCCUCAUCUUCUGCUUUGAGUGUGGGCCAGUUAGUCAGCAAUCCUCAAACGGCAGCGGGUGAGGUGGAUGGGGUUAAUCUGGAAGAGAUCCGAGAAUUUGCCAAAGCUUUUAAAAUACGACGGCUGUCUCUUGGCCUGACCCAGACUCAGGUGGGACAAGCUCUCAGUGCCACAGAGGGCCCCGCCUACAGCCAGUCGGCCAUCUGCAGACACACCAUCCUGAGAAGCCACUUUUUCCUACCACAGGAAGCCCAAGAGAACACUAUAGCUAGCAGUCUCACAGCCAAACUGAACCCUGGCCUUUUGUAUCCUGCCAGGUUUGAAAAGCUGGACAUCACCCCUAAAAGUGCCCAGAAGAUCAAGCCGGUGCUUGAGCGGUGGAUGGCCGAGGCUGAGGCCCGCCACCGCGCAGGUGUGCAGAACCUCACCGACUUUAUCGGGAGUGAGCCGUCCAAAAAGCGCAAGCGCCGCACCUCCUUCACACCCCAGGCCCUUGAGAUCCUCAAUGCCCACUUUGAGAAGAACACUCACCCCUCGGGGCAGGAAAUGACCGAAAUCGCUGAGAAGCUGAACUAUGACCGCGAGGUAGUUAGAGUCUGGUUCUGCAAUAAGAGACAGGCCCUGAAGAACACGAUUAAACGCUUAAAACAGCACGAACCCACGUCGGCAGCCCCGCUGGAGCCCCUCACAGACUCUCUGGAAGAAAACUCAUAA